AUGGCGUUGCAAUGGGCGAUACUCGCAUACGUAGUGGCGACUGAGGCCGCCGUGGCUAUUCUCUUGACGUUACCGUCGCCGAAGGCUUUGAAAUCUCGAAUCGUAUCGCUUAUCUCGCUCGUUCUCCAGCCUUCACUGUUUAUCAUACCAUUCUCCACUUUUCAGCUUCUAGAUAUAUACUGGAAGAAUGAACAUCGGCUCAUGUGUACUGGGGAGAUCUGCACUGCUGCUGAGAGGGAUCGUUAUGAGAAAUCGAUUUACAAGUCUCAGAGGAAUGCAGUAUUGUGCACGGCUGCAUGUCUCCUCUACUGGUGCAUAUAUCGCAUAUGCAAGUAUCAUAGGGAAAUCCAGAGCAUAGAGGAGAUCGAGAAGAGGUACAAGGACGAGUAG